GUGUGGCUGUGGACCCGGAUCCGCGUGAGGUGCUUCGUUGUUCUGGGUUUGGUGUCGUUUGAAGAGACAGCUGUCCUGCAGCCUUUCUGGCGGGGUGUGAGGGGAUGUUUCCUCAGGAGAAGUGAGAAUUCCAAAAAGUCUUGGCCACCUGAUCAUUAUGGCGUCAAGAAGCCUCUGGUAUAUGAGAAUUAACUUUCCUUUUGGUUCAAGAUGUUGGAUGGUUCCACUUUCAGUAGAAAUUCUCUUUAAAUCCGUUUCUUUAAGGCUUUUUGGUGUCAAGUGUCAUCAUGUGGAUGGUGAGCCUUUGGAGAAUGAGGACCUACUGAAAAACUUGCUCACCAUGGGAGUAGAUGUUGACAUGGCAAAGAAACGGCAGCCUGGGGUUUUUCAUAGGAUGGUUACCAAUGAGCAGGACCUGAAGAUGUUCCUUCUCUCCAAGGGAGCAAGCAAAGAAGCAAUUGCUAGCAUCAUAUCAAGAUACCCGCGAGCCAUAACACGUACUCCUGACAGUCUUUCGGAACGGUGGAAUAUAUGGAGGAAAAUUAUGACAUCAGACCUUGAAAUUGUAAAUAUUUUGGAACGUUCUCCUGAAUCCUUUUUUCGAUCCAAUAACAACUUGAACUUAGAGAAUAAUAUUAAGUUUCUUUACUCAGUUGGAUUGACCCGAAAAUGCCUUUGUCGAUUGUUGACUAAUGCCCCUCGUACCUUCUCCAAUAGUGUUGAUCUGAAUAAACAGAUGGUGGAAUUUUUGCAGAAAGUCUGUGUGUGCUUGGGUCACAAGGAUCCUACUGAUUUUGUUCGGAAGAUAAUUUCUAAAAACCCUUUCAUCUUAAUUCAGAGCACCAAGCGGGUAAAAGCUAACAUUGAAUUUUUACAGUCAACUUUCAACUUGAACAAUGAGGAACUGCUCGUUCUGUUAUGUGGUUCAGGAGCUGAAAUCUUAGACCUCUCCAAUGACUAUGCCAAAAGAAACUAUGCAAAUAUCAAAGAGAAGCUGUUUUCUCUUGGAUGUACUGAAGAAGAGGUGCAGAAGUUUGUUUUAAGUUAUCCUGAUAUGAUCUUUUUGGCAGAGAAAAAAUUUAAUGCUAAAAUAGACUGUCUCAUAGAAGAAAAAAUUAGUGUUUCACAAAUAAUUGAAAAUCCUCGCAUUCUAGAUUCAAGCAUAAGUACUUUACGAAGUCGAAUCAACGAACUGAUACAUGCUGGCUAUGACUUAAGUACAUCGAAUAUCAAUCUUUUGUCUUGGAGUCAGAAAAGAUAUAAAGCUAAAUUGAAAAAGUUAAGUAAAUAGAGCAUUGUGGGGAUUGUAAAAAGUCUCUUCAGUAAUAUUUCAUUUUGAAUUUUGGCCUGUCACAAAGAAGAGGUGUGGUUUGUUAGCCACAGAUACAUAAUGAUCCUGUGGGUACCUUGUUUUGUGGGCUAGUAAAAACUCACCGGUGGGUAUGCUCACGUGUGAAACCAUUAUGUGGUAUGGGCCAUAUUGCUGUGAAGAGGCAUUCUGUUUGAGUGCCUUGACAGAACAAUACAUAAAAAGCAAGUAUGAAAUAAACUUUUGUGGUUUUCUUUUUAGAUUAAAAAAUUGACAGAUUUAGAUAAUACAGUUUUCUAUUAGUGACAACUUGUUUCUUCUGUUAUUCUCAUGUAACUAAUUAUGAUUCAUCUUCAAAGUCUAAUACCAGUAAAAAUCGUAAAAAUCUGAAAAAAAAAUCCGAGUUCCACAUUCUCCAUUGUAACCAUCAGUGUGCAUCUUCCCAUUGUGUCCAGCAAAAUUUACUGUGGAUAUAUCCUGAUUUCUUUAAAUACAGUGAUAACUGUGAUAGGUAGAACAAUGGUCACCUAAAUAUGUCAUGUUAACAUCUCUGAAGGACUUUGCAGAUGUGAUUAAGUCAAAAUGUGAAUCAUUUUUGUGGUUUUGAGAUGGGGAGACUAUUUGGUGGAGCAGUGUAAUCAUAAGGGUUCUUAAAAGAGGAAGGAGGUGGCAAAAAAUGACAGUGAUGCAGUACAAGUGACUCACUGGUUUUCAAGGAGGAAUUGACCAUGAGCCAAGGAACGAAGUGGCCUACACAAAAUUGGCAAAGGCCGGGAAGCAGAUUUUUUCCUAAAGUCUCAGUGAAGGAGUGCAGUCAUGCUGCAUGUUAAAUUUAGCCCAGUGAGACCUGUGUCAAGUAUCUGACCUGGAGAAAUCUAAGAAAUUUAUGUUGUGUUAAACCAGUGACUCUGUGAUAGGUGCAAACAGAUGAAUAAGGUAACCAAAUAGGUGACUAGUUACUUUGAAGGAGUAGCCAUAAAAUGCCAUCCUUCUAAUAUAUAAUAUGUAAUAUUUCAUCUAUAAGAUCAAUUAUGUUUCAGUAAAUCAGUUGCUUGGCUUUCUGGAAUUUCUAACAAGUUAGAAAUCAUCUGAAUGUGUAGACCAAAAACUAGA